AUGUAUUUAUAUUUCCUAUUUUUUAUUAUUUAUAGAUCAUGGAUCCAGUGCAAAACAGUAAAAAAAGCUUUGAAGGUGUCCGAAAUCGUAGACUUUCUUCAAGAUAUUGAAGAUUCUAGUGAUGAGGAGUUGAAUGACAUUGAAGUUGCCACAUUGCCGCCGGAUGAGGUAGAUGAAAUGACUGACAUAGAAGAAGGCAAUGACGACGAUAUGGAAGUUUUGCCAGUGUCUGAUGUAGUUGGUCAAGUGAAAUUUUCGUGCACGAUCGAUAACGUCGCGGAAAAUCAUCCUACUCAAACCACAUCUCGGACAAGCAAGACAGUCACUUGGCGUAAGUGUAAACCAGGAUAUUCUGAAAUACAGCCGGAAUCUAAUACUGCUAAACAAUGUUUGGAAAAUAUGAUUACGGAGUUGGAAGGAAAAUCAGCUAUAGAAAUAUUCGAAAACUUGUUGUAUCACGAGAUUCUAGAAUAUAUUGUGCACGAAACUGUAACCUACGCCAAACAUUAUAAAAAUGAUUUGAACUUCAAUCUAACUACAAAUGAGUUUUAG